AACGUGGAAUGUUCUUUUCGUACCUUGGUUGGAUUCUGAUGGAAAAACAUCCGGAGUGCACUAAACGAUUACGGGAAAUUGACAUAAGUGACCUUAACUCAGACCCCUUCGUUAAAUUUGGAGAUAGAUUUCAUAUUUUUUCCGUAAUAAUCUGGGCAGUAAUUCUUCCAUCUCUAGUACCGGUAUUUUUUUUGGAACGAAACUUGGUAUUGGGCAAUUAUGAGUCAAGUUUGUAUGCGUCUUUUUGUACAGUAUCACGUAACUUCAUUUGGAAAUACUCUCUUGCACACUGAAGGUUGGGGUACAAAGGCAUAUAAUCGAAACAUUCAGUCAGUGAAUAGUCGCCUAUAUCACAAUGUAACAUUUGGAGAAGGAUGCCACAAUUAUCAUCACGUCUUUCCCUAUGAUUAUAAAUGUGCUGAAAAUGGAUAUUCUAAUAUAAAUUUUGCAGCCCUGUUCAUUGAACUAAUGGCUAAAUUUGGAUGGGCUUACGAUCUCAAGCAACCAUCUAAGGAAUUGGUUAAAAUAAACUGGGAAAAACAAGGCGAUGGCACUCAUCAUCUUCUGAAUGAGAAAAAUUCCCCGAAUUCAAUAGAAAAUGAACAGAAAUAAUUAAAAAAUAAUAAAUCUUAAUAGCAUCACUGUAAAAAAUAAGUCUUCGUUUAAGCCUUUGAUUUUGCGGCUAAAACAACUAAAUUUCUUAUUUUUAAGACCUAAAAUUAUCUAAAUUUUAUUUCAAGCCCAAAAAUAAGUUCAAUUUAAUAAGAAACAGGUAUAUUGAUAAUAAAUAGUAAUAAAAUAAA